CCCCAGGGAUCCCCUCUGACUCUGUCCAAGCAGGGCUGGGGAGCCUGGGGAAUUUGCAUUUGAAAUUCUGGGGGUUGGAUGCUGCUUUGCUGUGGUUCCAGUUGAGUGAUGGAGUGUUGGGGUAUCACAGGUCGCAGUGGGGAGGGUGGGUUUGGGCACCUUGAUCUCUGGGCUUGGGCAUCUGGAACCCUUUGGACUUUGUUGUACAGAAAUGGGGUGGAGGCGCACAUGGAAAAAGAGACAUUUGCCUAAUCUUUGAUGAAAAGCAGGCAGGAGGAAGCAGAAACGUCACAGUGGUUUUUUAAACCUGAGAUAAAACCACCUGACUCAUCUUAGAGCCGCUCCUCUCUGGGCCGUGGUGCCAGCCAAACCUGCUCCCUGAGGAGAGGGCUCUGCCAUCCUGGCUCUAGCUGGGGAUGCUGUGGGACCCCACAAGCAACCUUCUAAACCCCAUGGCUGACAUUGGUUUAUCUCUCCCCCUCCCCUCUGGGCUUGCAGGAGGGAAGAUACUCGGGGUGCUGGCGCUGUUUCUGGUGAUGGUUUGGUACUCGAUCUACCGGGAAGACAGGUACACACAGCUCUUUUAUUUCCCUGUACAAGAAAACAACAAGACAACGUGUCCCCUUGGGGAGGUGGAAAAGAAAGCGGCGCAGCUCAUCGGGAACUACACGAGGGACCACCCACUGUUCUUGCAGCUGAAGGACUAUUUCUGGGUGAAGACGCCGUCGCUCUACGAGCUGCCCUACGGCACCAAGGGAAGUGAAGACGUCCUGCUGCGCCUGCUGUCCAUCACCCAAUACUCCCUGCCCGAGAGCAUCCAGAGCCUCAAGUGCAGGAGGUGUGCCGUGGUGGGCAACGGCCACCGGCUCCGCAACAGCUCCAUGGGGGACACCAUCAACACCUACGACGUGGUGAUCAGGCUGAACAACGCCCCGGUGCAUGGUUAUGAGCAGGACGUGGGCUCCAAGACCACCAUGCGCCUCUUCUACCCUGAGUCAGCCCACUUCGACCCCCGGACUGAGAACAACCCCGACACGCUGCUGGUGCUCGUGCCCUUCAAGCCCAUGGACUUCCAGUGGAUGGAGGCCAUCCUUAACGACAAGAAGAGGGUUCGCAAAGGGUUUUGGAAACAGCCCCCACUGAUCUGGGACGCCAACCCGGAGCAAGUGCGCGUCCUCAAUCCCUACUACAUGGAAGUAACUGCUGCUAAACUGCUCAACCUCCCCAUGAAGCAACCACGGAAGGUCAAACAGAAGCCCACCACGGGGCUGCUGGCCAUCACCUUGGCACUGCACUUCUGUGACGUGGUGCACAUCGCGGGCUUUGGCUACCCCGAUUCGGCCAACAAGAAGCAAACCAUCCACUACUACGAGCAGAUCACACUCAAGUCCAUGGCCGCAUCGGAGCACAACGUGUCACACGAGGCCGUGGCCAUCAAGAGGAUGCUGGAGCUGGGACUCGUCAGGAACCUCACCUAUUUCUGAGGGUGGCAGGGCAGCGCAGGGACACCGUCCCCAGGGCGAGGGGACACCGUGCCCAGGACAAGGAGACACCGUCCCCUGCAGCGAGGGGACACUGCUGGCACGGCUAGAGUGACCGAGGGCACAGCAUUGUUGUCACUGCUGCCACCAUGGCCUGGGACUCCUGGAGCAGGGCUGGGGCUGGGCCCGUGCUGGACCGCGGGUGCCCGGGGUGCUGGGGCGGCUCUCGGGGUGCAGGGAGCCCGGCCGGGCCGUGGCCCUGAGCCUUUUCUACUGAAGCACUGAAGCUACCAAGGACUUGAGGGGGUUUUUGGGGUAGGGGGGUCCUCCCUCCCAGCGGGCCUGAGGGGGUGAGCCAGGGCAGGAGCCCUUGCCCUGGACAUUCUCUUUCCCUUAAUUCCCUCAUACACUGACGAGGGCCCUGCUGAGGGGCUGAUUUUGGGGUCCUGGCCCCUCCCUGCCCAGGGAAUGGGAGCCUUUGGAGGUUCAUGUUGCCUCCUCCCUGCCCUGGACCUCCCCCCAAAUAUUUAAUUCCCUCCCUUUUUUUUAAUUUCCUUUUUUACUUGGUGGUCCUGUCCUGUGCCUUAGCGCUGGCGUAGGGACUCGUCCCCACAGCCCCCCUGGGUGGGGGCACCCUGGGCUGCUUGGCUUCGGGGUCUGCCAGGGCCCUUUGGUGGUGCAGAUUAAUUUAAUUAAUUUAAAUGCUUAUUUAUGGUGGAGCCUUCCCCCAGGGCCUGCAUGCCACUGGUGUCAGGGACAAGGGCCCUUGGGUGGGCUGGUGUGUGCUUGGCUCCAGGGUGGGCAUUUGGGAUGUCUCCCACCAUGGAGGGGUUGACCUGGUGCCUUCUCCCUGCUGGUGUAGGGUCCCCUCUGCCCCCGUGGGGCUGCAGGUGUUGGGGGGACCCAUGGAUGGGGGUGUUUGGGCUCAUGUUGGCACCCAAUAAAGUCCUGGUGAGGCUGGGA